AUGAAGAAAAGAAGACUCUCUGUAAAUGAAGACAGGCUAAGUGACUUACCUGACUCUGUUAUCCUUCACAUUUUGUCAUUUUUGAACACAAAUCAUGCUAUUCGAACUUGUCUUUUGUCCACUAGAUGGAAACAUCUCUGGAAAUGUAUUCCAACUCUUAUACUGCAUUUUUCAAGAGCUACCACUGACGAGCAUUUUUCCGUUUUUGUGUCUAAGAUUUUGUCUCUCCGUGAUAAAUCAACUGCACUACAUGCACUUGAUCUUUAUCGUCAAUGUGAUAUUGAGCCUCAACUUCUUCAAAAGAUUUUAAACUGUGUUUGCUCCCAUAACACUCAUCUUCAAAAAUUAGGAAUCUCUGUCUGUGGUGAUAGUGAUCUCAUUCUGAGCUGUGUUUCUUCAUGCCGGGCUCUUACAUCUCUUAAGCUUUCAGUUUACCCUAGAGGGAGUAAUAAUAGACAAACAUUAUUUCCAAAUUCUUUAAAUUUGCCAGCACUGACUAGUUUAGAUCUAGCAAAUUUUGUCUUUUGUGGUGGUGAAAACGGUUGUGUUGAGCCCUUUUUGGCUUUUACCAAGUUGAAUAGUUUGGUCAUUCGUGGUUGUAAGGUAAUGGAUGCACAUAUCUUCACCAUAUCAAGCGAGACACUUGUCAAUUUAACUAUGAAUAGCAAUUCAUCUCUCCUUGCCAAAAUCAAGCUAAAUACUCCAAGUCUUUGUACCUUUAAUUAUACCGGUGACAUGCUUAUUCACAAAAUAUGUGGGAGCGGACUUUCUUCUAUUAAACAAGUAAAUAUCCAAUCACGACUAUCUUUAGCUUUGAAGGAGGAUGCUUUGGCUCUAUUUAGCUGGCUGCUAGACUUUGCCAAUAUAGAAUCAUUGACCGUCACUUCAACUGUUCUUCAGAUUCUCUCCUUAGUUCCUGAUUUAUUGGAGGUUAAGCUUCCUUCUUUGUGUAACUUGAAGUCAAUGGAAAUAGAACUGAUACCAAUUCGCGAUGGAUCUUUAUUACUAUUAAUGAAAGACGCCAUGUUAAAGAAAGCUGCUGCCAAGUCACGUAAAGAAGUUGCAAAGUUAAGAAAGGCAUUUAAAGCAUGUUUGGAACCACCUGCCAUACCUGAUGGAAUAGUUGACUUCUUGCGACAAAACUCGCCGUCUGCAAAAGUUAACAUCACAACAGAUUACUCGAGUUCUUUUAAUCUCAAGCAGGUUGAAAAAUCUAUAAAGGGCGCGAAGAUUAUCAAAUAUUGUUCGUGA